CCGAAGGGAGAGGUGUCCCCGUCCUAAAAUCGGGAGCGCGGAGGGGCAGCCCCGACAUUCAUCCCUCUUGUCCCUUUCAGCCCCCCGCCGCUUAGAAAAGCCUGGAGCCGAGGGGGGGAGCCCCGGAGCCGCUUGGGACUCUGGAAGACGACACCAUGUCUAACUGCAGAGUAGGUUCUCUUCAUGUGGACCUGCAAGUUAGACCCAGGACACAACCAGUCUUGAGGACUCUUUGGCAUUGGUGGCACUUUGACUUUAAAACUACGCAGGAGCUGAGCAUUAGGCCUGUGCGAGUAGACAGGUAUUCGAUCAGGCUUCGGAUCCAGCAGCUUCGGAUAUCAGCGAUCUGAUCCAGCCAAAGUGGCUCCUGAGUUUUGGAGCUGCCUCAGAGAUCCAGCCAUAGGACUUCCUCACUUUCACCAAAGAGAAAUUCUUUUUUACUCUUAGCAGGUUUAAGAAACAUGAUUCAAGUGCAGUAAUCAUCUGGAAAUUUGAGAAGAAUCAAUAUCGAGAAAGUUCGAUCAAAAUCUUAAAGAAAAAUUCUACACAAGGAAAGGAGUGAAUCUUUUAUGGGAAUUCUCACAGAUCUGCCUUCAGUGACUUCUAGACUGAAAUUGUCCCAGGUGCAGCUCUAAUAUGAUCUUGGAAGUGCACUGAACAGCUGCUCAGCACCCACUUAGUUGGCUGCUUGCUGCAUCAUAGAGAAGAGAGGAUUGUUUCUGGCUCCAUUGCCCGCACCAGGGAGAAGAGGAUAAAAACUUAACUGGCUGUGCCUGGACCCACAACAGUGGUUCUCAACCUUUUUAGACUCAACCUCCAUAACUGUCUGAAGACUGCAGGUUGGCUUUAUAUAUACUGGAACACCAAGCAAGAUAAGUUAACUCAAGCCUCAUGUAAACAAUGCAUUUGAGUAUGAAUCCCAGGUAGCUUUGGAAGUGAAAGUAGUUCUGUUAUCUCUGGCUGGAAGCUAAACGUGAUGACGGCCUGGUCUAUGGUGGAGAAGUUAAAAAUGGAGAAGAGGCGCUCCAGAGAAGACAGGACUGCAGAACAGGAUACCGGUGACUGCAGUGCUGAGUCUGAGGAAUGGACAAGCUCAGAAAGCGAGCCUGAGCAACCGGGCAGGAGCAGCAGCAACACUCGGUGGAGAGAGAAGGAGACUUCCACUAAACCACACAGGCAGCUCUGCCGCUCCCCAUGUCUUGAUCGCCCAAGUUUCUCACAGAGCAGUAUCCUACAAGACUUGAAGCUGGAAGAAAGCAAAACAAACCUGGAUAAGGAAUACCAGGCUAAAAUGGAUUUUGCUUUAAAGCUCGGGUAUGCUGGAGAUCAGAUUCAGGCUGUGUUGAAUAAAUUGGGAGCAGAUGCUCUCAUCAAUGACAUUUUGGCAGAGCUUGUGAGACUUGGCAACAAGAGUGAGUCAGAGGGUCAAGGCAGUGCUAGCAGUAGCACUGGUACUCUAGUGCCAAGGGGUCCUUGUCCAAAGGAGAUUGCAAGUCCUGAACUGUCACUUGAAGAUGAAGUGGUCGAUAACAGUGACAACUUAAGACCAAUUGUCAUUGACGGAAGUAAUGUGGCUAUGAGCCAUGGGAACAAAGAAGGAUUUUCCUGUCGAGGGAUUCAGCUAGCUGUUGACUGGUUCCUAGAGAAAGGACACAAAGAUAUCACUGUAUUUGUACCCGCGUGGAGAAAAGAGCAAUCUCGACCUGAUGCACCAAUUACAGAUCAAGAAAUUUUACGUAAAUUGGAGAAAGAAAAAAUUCUUGUCUUUACCCCAUCUCGGAGAGUUCAGGGAAGAAGGGUGGUCUGCUAUGAUGAUCGGUUCAUUGUAAAACUAGCUUAUGACUCGGAUGGUAUCAUUGUGUCCAAUGACAAUUAUCGGGACCUUCAGAAUGAGAAGCCGGAGUGGAAGAAAUUCAUAGAGGAACGGCUGCUAAUGUAUUCCUUUGUGAAUGACAAAUUUAUGCCUCCAGAUGAUCCUUUGGGACGUCAUGGUCCAAGCCUUGAAAAUUUCUUAAGAAAAAGGCCUGUUAUUCCUGAACAUAAGAAACAACCAUGUCCAUAUGGCAAAAAAUGCACCUAUGGACACAAAUGUAAAUACUACCAUCCAGAACGGGCAAAUCAGCCCCAAAGGUCAGUGGCAGAUGAGCUUCGAAUAAGUGCCAAACUGUCUGCUGUGAAAACCAUGAGUGAGGGAGCUCUGGCCAAAUGUGGCAUGGGGUCAUCCACUUCCAAAGGAGAAAUCAGUUCUGAAGUGAAACGCAUUGCACCAAAACGCCAGUCGGAUCCGAGCAUUAGAUCAGUGGCUGUGGAACCCGAGGAAAAGCUCUCAGUAGCUCGGAAGUCCGAAGCCAGCUCCGUUCCUUCUCUUGUUUCUGCAUUAAGUGUACCAACAAUUCCUCCGUCAAAAAGCCAUGCUGCCGGCGCACUGAAUACUCGUUCUGCAAGCAGCCCUGUGCCAGGUUCAUCACAAUUCACCCAUCAAAAGUCUUCGCUAGAGCAUAUGUCCAGUGUACAGUAUCCUCCUAUACUGGUCACCAAUAGCCAUGGUGCUUCUGUUAACUAUACAGACCAGUAUCCCAAAUAUGAGUCUUUGGGAGACCAUGGCUAUUAUUCCAUGCUCAGUGAUUUCUCCAACUUGAGCAUAAGCAGUAUGCAUAACACAGACUACUAUGGGGUAGAUGCAGACCAAGGGAUGUAUGCUAGAAACUCAAGCCCCUGUCCUGACAGUCGUUUAAGCCAUACAAGUAAUGAUUCUUAUUCCUCUUACAAUGACUUGUAUCUGGGAGUAGCAGAUACCAGUCCAGAAGACAACAUGAAGGUCCAUAGGCUUUCAUCACAAAAUCGUCUUCAGCCUUUUACCCAUGGUUACCACGAAGCCUUAACUAGAGUUCAGAGUUAUGGAACUGAAGAACCCAAACUACCACCUCGCAAACAGUCUGUUUCCCACUUGGGGCUACAUGUCCAGCAUCCAGUUGUUGGAGCACGGUCCAGUUGUCCAGGAGACUACCCUGUGCCUCAGAAUAUGCAUCCAUCAGCCACUGCACAGCCAAGCCGUGCCUUGGUUAUGACAAGAAUGGACAGUAUUUCUGACUCGCGGCUUUAUGAAAGUAACCCUACACGCCAGAGGCGACCGCCCCUCUGUCGAGAGCAGCAUGCUAGUUGGGAUCCAUUACCAUGUGCAACAGAUGCUUAUUCUUACCAGUCUUAUUCACUGAGUAAUAACCUUAUGCAACCAUGUUAUGAACCAGUGAUGGUAAGAAGCAUGCCUGAAAAGAUGGAACAACUAUGGAGGCAUCCUUGGGUUGGGGUGUGUGGUGAGCCACGGGAACAGCAUAUCAUCCCAGAACAUCAGUAUCAGACAUACAAGAAUCUCUGCAAUAUUUUCCCUGCAAACAUAGUUCUCUCAGUAAUGGAGAAAAAUCCUCACAUGACAGAUGCACAGCAGCUGGCAGCCAUGAUUGUUGCCAAACUCAGAGCUGGGCGUUAAAGCAUUAAAAACCCUUGUGGGACCUAAGAAGAUAAUGUUGAACCUGCCAGGGACACGAUCUGGAGGAAAAUGUGAAUCGAGGCACUGGGUAAAUAAAUUGUAAAUAUUUUCUAAAUCUGUGAUAUACAAUUCUGUACAUUGUUGUACCAAUCAUUCAGUAUAUUCUAAGGCACCUAUAGAAGAGCAGAUUGUAUUGUAAAUAUAAUGAAUAUUUUAGGAUUUUAAAUAUAGGGAUUUUUAAAAGUAUUUUACAGGAAGUGCAUACCUUAUUGCAUGGAUAUACUACUUAACUAAGAACUACAAUGUCACAUUUUUAGUGUCUCAAAGCUGUUCAUACAAAAUUAUUGUUAGCAAUUAUAUUGCAUGUAUGGAUGUAUAGUUUCAGUUUGAUAAAUAUAUAAUUGACCUUUCAAAAUAAGCUCUAUACAUUCCUGGAUCAUCUCUUAAGAUUUUGGCUGACCUUUGACACUGCAGUUCUUAGUGUCAAAUAAUUUUGAAAAAUGCUUGCCAACAAUUUAAAUAAGCCACAAUUUGUAAAAAACAAAACAAAACAAAAAAAACCCAAAAACCAACCAACCAAACAAAACCCCAAAACCCCACCAAAAUUAAUUGAUCCCCUUACACAUCAACACCGUUAAUAUUUCUUAGCUUUUAGAUCUGGCUGAUGAGGACUCAGUUCUACAAAGCUCUAAGCUCCAGCACCCCAAUGCAGGACUGAGCCCUAUUCAGUAAAUUAAAAACAAAUUAAAGUGUAGCUUCCCUCUUCACGAUUACAGAUGAAUUGUAUUUUAAAUGACCAGCAUCCUGGAUGGCUAUAAAUAAAAGUGAAAUGUAUAUGGACUGCCAUUCUCCUUAUGAACUAUGCAUUACUUAACCUCAAGUGCAGGGGAAGGUAAUGGAUGGCAAUGUGGGAAUGUGCUGUUUAGCAGAAACCACAACACGUUUUGUGGCCAGGGCUGGUACUGGGAAUGUUAAAACAACACUCCAAAAAGACAGAUACAUUUUUCAAAGGGGAAGGAGGCCAAUUCUGAACAGGGAUGCUACAGUUUUGGCUUACUGUAACCUGGCCUAAUUUUGCACGUCAGAUCCACGCAAAGGUGUGCAUUUGCCUCUUGAAGGCUUUUAGAGCUCUUAUUUUGACAGGCAAGAAGAAAAAGUUUGUGUGGCAUUGUUUGCGCAACUAGUAUUUUGCUCAGGGGUGGGAACCUUUGUAGCUAAAUGUCUCCAGAAGAGGCGUUUAUUGGUUUUUUUAAGCUGCACUGACUGGACGCCCUUUUUGAAUCCAAUGUAUAUUUCAGCAUUUUGAACCAUUUCUAACUCGAUAUGUCUCGAGCUAGGACUUGUUGACUUCUACUGUAGUUUUUUUCAUGAAAGUUGAGAAGGCCUGGUUUAUGGCCUUUUGUUUCUUCAUGAGAAGGUGUGACACUGCCUAAAUGUUUCUUACUGUGAAACACACGGAACGUGAGGCUGCAGUCAGGGUUGUUUCUGGCGUUUUGAUAAUGGCUUGCAUGCUGCUUUUUGGUUAUUUGUUUGUCUGAGGAACAAAAUUAUAUCACUUCCUUCACUUGUGUUACUGUAGCAGUUGCAUCUUGUGUAUCUUGUGGGCUAUUUAUCAUGUGCAAAAUGUGUUCAUGUCAGACAAUAAAACGGUUACAGGUGCAAACAACAAAUGUACUAGUAUGUUUGAUAUUCACAUCGUUUCACACAUGAUAAAUAUACUAGUGUUCACACAGGUACCUCUCAGAUUACUUACAUAUUAAAUAAUGACCAUGUCAUUAUGUAUUUAAAUGAGUUCACUUGAAGAUUAUGUCGUCUUCAUAUCUAGAGUCUCCAUAUCUAGAGUGUUUAAAAAUAACUAAGUUUUAAUUAGUUACAUCAUUGCUGUUAAAAAAAAUAAAACUAAUCUUCAGAAACAACGCAUAAUUUAAAAUAUUUUUAACUUUUGACCAACUUUCAGAGCAAUUUUUAUUAACCAGCAUUUUAUAUUUUUACUUUCCAAUUAGUUUGUAUUAUCUUCUCUUGUAUGGGAAAAGCAGCUGAGAGCAAUGCCUCAAAUAACCAGAAAUGACCUUUUGUUUGUUGAUACAAAUUGUAUCUCUUUUUCUUGAUUGUAUAAAAAACUGUACAAAAACCAUCUCUAGAUUAACUUCAAUAUUGCAUUUUCACCACAACGUUUGUGACACUGUGUGUCACAGGGAAGUAGCCCAUGGGUAAUUAUGGAUCUUUUUAUUUAAAAUGGGCACUUGUAGUUUAUAGACAAACAAGAACAACUUUUCAAAAACCACUUUAUUACAGCGUGCACAGAUAUUGUGUGUACACUUAAAAGCAUUAUAUUAUAUAAAGUUAUCUUUAGUCUAUUUAUUAAACAGAUGCAUUAUUGCAAUGGAAUUUUAUGUAAAAAUUGGUGUUAAUGAAUCAGCUGCAUGUGUUUAUAAAUAUAGCGAUAAUAUAAUUGCUGUAGAACCUGCUUUGUCCUUCACAGGUAAAUCAUAAACAUGAUUUAGGUUUAAAAGAGGCUUUUGUGCACUCACCUUUUCCAUCUUGCAUGGAAUUAAAUAUAUGUAUGUAGAAAAGCGUUCCUUUUUUCUCUAACUAUACAAACUCUUGCAAAGCGUUUGGUAGAUGUCUUUCAGUGUGUACUUUAUUUGUAACACUGAGCAGAGGUUACUGCAUGAGGUUUGGGAUGGUUGAUGGAGAUGCUCUAUUUCAUAGAAACUGUCCAGUCAUUUUGAUUCUUUUUCUGACUUUAUCAUCUUGACAGUAAAUUCAAUAGUCUUCAGGCCUUGACCCUUUAGAAAAGGGUGGGAGUAAUACCACAGUAAAUCCAACAUACCCUUUCUCUCAGGCACUCCUCUCAAGCCGAGUUUUUUCCAAGAUGAGUCAAGAACAUUUAUAGUGUUUGGCAGGACAGAAAGGACGAUGAAGCCUUGCAGAAAUGGUCUGUUGAAUUUCUACUUAAACUUUUAAAAAAGCGGCUUCGUGUCUCUUGUUCAGCCAAUUUAACUCGGAUCAUUCUGCCAUCCAUGUCUCUGUUUUAAGAUAUCUUUACAAGUCAAUUCAAAAUACUGACAUUCAUUAACUUUCAGCACUUAAGCUUAGAUUUCUUCUAACAUAGAAGAGUUGAUCUUAAGAAACACAGGGUGAGCAUAAUUGUCUGUACUGUAAAUAUAAGACUUUGUAGAAAUGCUCUUUUUGAGAGCACACUAUUUAAAUAUUUUUAAAAGAUUAACAAAACAGUUCCAGAAUCUAUAUUUUAAUAAAACCCAUAAGACUAACAGAGUCCAAGAUAAGGAACUGCAGAAAAGGGGGGGGGAAUGAAAGCCUCACCUACUGAUGUCAGUGGAAGUUAACUCAUUGACUCUGGUGGGGCCAGGACUUCAGCCCAGGGCCCCCAGUUUGCUGAUCUUUAUCUUCCUCAACUAUUUUAUGUAAUAUGUCAUGGAAGAGCACAUAACCUUCAGUUGUAGGCAAGCGUUAUGAUUUGGAACAAACCAAAUGUAUUUCUGGGAUGAUAUCCUAAAUUAUUUAUGCUUCUGUAAAUAGCAUAUGUUGUAUUAGUUUGUGGAUAGAGGUUACUUGACUACUGUAAGUCCUGUUGUUGGUCUCUUGAGCUACAGUAGUUUGCUUUAUUCAUUUGUAGAAUUAAACGUUACUGUUUAAUUGUUGUAAAAUUUUAUAAAAUCUCUUUGGGUUUUUUGGUUGACCCAAAUAUAAUGUAAGUCUCAAUGACAAAAGAGUGACAAUGGAUGUUAAACCAGUAUGUGGUGUUUUGUAAAUCACUGUAAUAAGUGUGCAAUGCUGUACCUGAUGCUGCAUGUAAUGCAUUCACUAGCAUGGGUGUAUGUGCUUAGCUUUUUGUAAAAUUGUUUAAUUUAACUGUUUUUAAAACAGAAGGUCUCUGCAAGAGGUCAGAAGAACAAACUAAAGCAAACUCAUUAAAAUCACCAAAGUUUCUCUAAUGUUUUUUAAAGCCAGUUUGCCUCUGAAAAUGUGAACCUUUGCCUUUUUGGAGUUCUUCAGUGAUUAAAAAUCCAAAUAGUCACAGCGUAAAAGAAACUGCCUACAGGAGCCUAUUCUUAGAACGUUACUAAAAUGGAAUAAACAGGCACGGAGCAGAUGGUAACACUUGUGCUGGUGUCUACCUCUUGCUGCCAUAACACACUGUCAUGACAGGCUGUGACUCGCUCUUACCUUACAAUAUCUGGAUAAACAGGAGUAGAUCAGUAAAGCACUUCUCACAGGGACCACAGUGGUUUUAGUGAGAAUCUUGUUCUCCAGGAUUCAAGUGUCCCGUCCUGUGUCCGCCCCCGCCCCCCGUUUUGAUAUGCCAAAAUGACUACCUGAAGCGUGAGUGCUGCAGCCUUACUGCCUGUUCUCAUUUUUCAGAACAUUACGUGUCUCACCUUUUGCGCUUGAAACUUUCACCACGUGACAACAUCUCUUGUAUAGGGCUUCUUCUUGUCAAGACUGGUGCGUGUAUGCCUGUGUUCAUACAAAGCCCCACAAUACUUCAAGCCAAAAGAACGUUAAGUGCACUAUCAGUCGCUUAGACAUCACACUAAGCUCUCCCUCCUGAUCUAGUUAGCCUCAAAGGAAGUAGGCUUAUAACCUGUAACUGAGCCCUGUCGUAUUGCAUUGGGUGCAAAGAGAACCCAGGGGUAGGAAAGGGGAAGGCCCAUGCUGCUGUUGAUGUACUUAAAGGCGUUAAUGGUAUUCAAAGGAACAUGUGAAAAAUUAUUAUAGGGGGGUUUUUGUUUUUUUUUAUAAUGACCUGUUCUCCUUUCCCCCAGUUAUGUAUAACAGGUUUGCACAGGUGUUUGUAUGUUCUGGACAUUUAAUGUUAUGCUUUAAAUAUGGAUGUACUCAAUAAAGUCAUGAAGUUUCACUGCAUUGUUUCUAGCUCGUUACUUCAAAGAACACUGUCCAAACAAAAUCUUAAACCCCCAGUAUUUUUACUUCCAAGUGUCUAGGCCCUACAAGCACACAGAAUGUCUUGUAUCAAUGUUACUUGUUUAGUUCAAUGGACUACAGUGUAAAGGCGCUUAUUUAUGUAAGUGUACAAAGACUCCCCAAAGGGGUCUGUAUUUCUUCAAGAUUUAACUAUUUUAUGGGGUUGAAAUUCACUAGCCUUCUAAAUUCUGAUGUCAGGUGUUUGUUUAA